AUGGAACAGUUUUGUCUUGUUUACGGCAAAACCGAAGCUGUGGUGUAUAUCGCCGUUUCUCCAUCGGCCUGUUCCUUGUCUCGAGGCGUUUGUGUGUGUGUGUGCGCCCUCGCACUCGAGUGGAUGCAUGUUAGGCCGCAGCUGCGGGAAUAUGCCUCCACCGUGACGUGUCGCUUCAAGGCCAAGGAGUUCAACUCCGGUCCCUUCCCCAAGAUUAAAGGGGAGUGCCUCUUCUGUCUGUCAAAACUCGAUGUCCUUCUCAUUUCCCAGGACGUCAGCCACCCCGAUCUCUCAAUUCGAGCAGACGGAAGGACUAGUAGUGCUGUCGCGCUUGUUCCUUAUGCACCUUUAAUGGGCGCAGAGCGCUUACAACUCUCCUCCUCUCUCCCUGUUGAGGAAGGAAGACCCAGACCGCGUGACUUUGACGCUACACCCGUCACCAACUUUUUCCCCUACGUGCGACAUUGUGCCUCGCGAGAUGAUGGACGCCUUUGUCUGGACAUUGGUCGUGCCGCGCCAACCGGCGAAUGCGAACUCGUCCUCCAGAUGGUCAACGCCCGCGAAGCCACAGCCGCCCACACCCGAUGUAUUGCCCUAAUGCGCCAAUGCCCCACCUGGUUAAAACUUGGGCGUGAUGGACCGAGCUCACGACGACGGACGAUUCCCAACUUCAGCAAGAAGGCAUCCGGUGUGAAGCUGGCAGGACCGCCCCUGCCUCGUAUUCCCGCUACCACCACGUCCAUGGGGAACCCGACGUCCACGGAACAGCUCCCAGCGCCGAAUAUCCUUCCAAUGGUUCCAGAAGCGUCGAUUCCGCCGCCUUUGCUGCUGCCACCUCCGCUCCACGUCCCUCCCUCGUGCUCGCAUUCAGUCUCGUAUCUCGUGGGAAGGCGGUCCCGCUACUACUCCCUUUCACAAAAGAGCCACUCGUUUCCUUCCCACUUGUACACCGAGCCGAUACCCGAAGUGGCGGUCGAUGAACCCUUGGCUGGCGAUUCCACCGAGCCGAUCUUACCUCCCUCGAUUGUCCGCACCGAGGAAGAACCUGACACCGCGGAAAGUCCUCAGACACCAUCCCAGUACAAUCCCGAUGCAAAUAAUCAAAUCUCGUCAACUAACGCUACCGGUGAUCCCACCAGCCACUACCUUCAGCUUAAUGUUGAAAAUUUAAUGGGACCACACAUCAAAAGCAUAACCAAAUAUGCACCGACAGAGGGGGUCGCUGAGGGUGAUGAGCAGCUCGGAGCGGGAACAGGAGUUCGCCGUGAUGAGGUCCUUUCAGAGGAGACCAUCCGCCACGUCUUAGCCUACCUAUCGAGCAUCACGCGACCCUCGAAACCAGCUGGGAUCGCGACCACCGAACCUGAGGCAGCCCGAUCCGGAGCACCCUCGCGACAACCGACCGUCAAGUUCUCGCCCAGUCCCUUCAUGAUUCCCACAGAUCAACCUCGCGAUGGUUUCUAUGUGGAGCCUGUGGUUGUAGGGAUUGAUCGCCUCACCAGCAAAGUUGGCUCGCACUCCUUUGAAAUAAGCCGAACUUCCUCCACAAAAAAGGGGCUCUCACUUGGCGGUUCCAGCGGCAGUGGUAUUCAACUUCGUCGGCCAAAGCGUCACUUUACUGGUUGCGCCUCCCAGGGUGGAAGCACCGUUGGAGUGUCUAGUGGUGGCAGCGCAGGCAGCGGUACAGGUUUGGGUUCGAGCAUUCGAAACCGAAUUUACUCCCAUCGUGACAACGACGAGCUCUUCGCAGACCUAACUUACGUGCCUGGAGCCACAUCCCGUCACACAACACUUUGUCAGGUGUCCAAGUGUUCAACAUCUGAGCGCUCCUCAGCUUCGUUUGAGGCUGGACGCAUGUCCAUGGUCAUUGAGACGACAAGCUCUGCCGCUGCUCUGGAUCAUCAGAAUCGCCCCCGGACCGCAAGCGACACCGGUGGCAAGUGGAAGACCGGAAUUACCCCGCCUCUCCGCCUCCUCCCAUCCAGUUCUCAGAUUGCUGGUGCUGUCUCGCGUCCUCGCGCUCGGUCUUUAACACACCAGCUCGCGACAAAGCCCCUAAGUCAACCAAUUGGAGUGAAAGACCUUGAAUGUCUUACCUCUGGCGAGCUGUACGGUGGUUGUAUGGAGUUGGAGUCCCGUUCAAACUCCACUACCUCCACAUCGAAGGGAAUAAUACGGGCGAUCGAACAUGUCCUUGGGAGACCCCGAUCGAUUGAAGAAGGAGGGGGCUUACACGGCGUCACUGGUGGUGUUACAGCAAGUACCACUUCUCCUAGCCACCACCAGCCGCAAGAAUCAGAAAUCUACGCCGAGAUGGACUUCACCGCGUUGAGACAACCACACCCCCCCGCGGAUCUGCCCCCGGAGGUGCGGAGCACGCUGCGGGGCUCGCUCCUCAUCACCCCCUCCGACUCACUUUCCUCCAACUCGUCCUCCCUUUCCUACUAUGGUGGGGGAAGCCGGUCGAUGGCGCCAAGGGCUGCCACCACCACCGCUGCCGCUGGACUGAGUUUCAACGACCACUACAGCCUCCUGUUUGGGCCAGCGAUAGCCGCUGCCGUCGACCGGCAUAACGUCAUUUCUUCGGCUCCGCGUGUACCAUUUGCCAUGAAGACGCUGACUGGCUGUGACUUCCCAUCAUCGGCGUCGGCCCAGUGA